AUGGCCUCCUCGUCGGCGCCCCCCGCGGUCGAUCCUCGCGAGGAACACCCCGCCGAACAGACUACAGCAGCGGCGGCGGAGAAGGAGAAGAGCAGCUCAGACAACGCGAACACGAGUCCCCCCUCGACAUCGACAGAUUCAACGCAAUCGCAAGCCCUAAAACAACCUAGCCAAACAGCCGCGCAAGAUGAUGACGAUGAUGACUCCGACUUCGACGAGCUAGAUGACGUCCUCGAUAACUUCAAACCCACCCCCGCAACGGCACCCAAAGAUGCUGCCGCUUCGGCUACCACCUCUCCCGCCGCCGGCGCGUCAGGCGACGCUCCCCUCGAUGCCGAUGGCGAAUUCGACGAAGCAGCCUUCAUGAAGCAACUCGAAAAAGACAUGGCGAACAUGAUGGGUCAGCAGUCCGGAUCCGCCCCGGACAGCGCCCACCUCGCGGACAUCGAGCAAGGCGCUGACGCCUUCACCAAGCAACUCGAGGAAAGCGGCAUCCCGCCGGGCGAUUUCAUCAAGCAGCUGUUGGCCGACGUCAUGGCCGAAGAGGGCGCGUCGCCUUCUGAUCUGGGAGCUAGCGCCGCGGCGGCCACGGGCGCUGCUACCGCUGUGGGUGCGGGUGCCGCGGCGGCUGUGUCGGCUUCUGCUGGAGGAGGCGAUAAGAAAGGAGGAGCGCCGGCGCCGGAAUCGUUCAACGAUGCGAUUUCUAGAACGAUUAACCGCAUGAAAGAGUCGGGCGAUAAGGCGACGGCGGCGGCGUCGGAGGACGACAUCUCGGAUGAUCUGCUGGCGCAACUGAUGAAGGCCGUGGAGGCGGGUGCGGGCGCCGGCGAGGGAGAUGGAGAGGACGGGGAUCUGGCGAAGAUGUUCAUGGGGAUGAUGGAGCAGCUGUCCAACAAGGAGAUGCUGUACGAGCCCAUGAAGGAACUGCAUACGAAAUUCGGACCGUGGAUCGCGGAGAAUAAGGGCAAGGGCAAGGUGUCCGAUGAGGAUAUGAGUCGGUACGAGAUGCAGGCCGGCAUCGUCAGCGAGAUUGUGACCAAGUUCGAGGAACCGGGAUACACGGACGAGGACUCGAAAUGUCGCGAGUACGUAUGGGAGAAGAUGCAAGCGAUGCAAUCGGCCGGCAACCCUCCCGAGGAAUUGGUUGCCAAUCCCUGGGACGACUCGAAAGGAGGUGUUCCGGACUGCCCGCAGCAGUAA